AACGUCCGGAGUGCUAUAAGCACUUCACUCGACCACGUUUCUUUCUCACUCCAUUUCCGGACCUUGUGCCUCUUGCGCUUUGGCGUCAGUGUAGAUCGCUAAUCUAAAAGCCAUCCAAAAUGGAAAACGACGCUGGAGAAUUCGUUGACUUGUACUGCCCCAGGAAAUGCUCCGCCAGCAACAGGAUUAUCCAUGCUAAGGACCAUGCUUCCAUCCAGAUGAACAUCGCUGAUGUUGAUCCCAUGACUGGCAUCAUGCUCGACACCUCCAAGAUCUACGCCAUCUGUGGCUCCAUCAGAAGAAUGGGAGAAUCAGAUGACUGCAUCAUGCGUCUGGCAAAGAAGGACAACAUCAUUGCCAAGAACUAUUAAAUGCUGCUAGUUUUAAUUUUCUUCAAUAAAAAAAAAUGAAAAACUA